AUGGUGGCAACCUUCCUCCGUACUUCUACCGGGCUGAGUCCGAGUCCGAGUCCGUUCCGCCGGGCUCCUAUGGAGAUGCCGAGUGAGGGUCUUCCAAAUCUAAGAUCGUUCUGGAACAAUGCCGCAUCCACCUUCUUCACUCUUUUCUUCCUACCUCCUCCCGCGAUCCAAGCCUUUCACUUCCUCGCGCCUCCUAACUCAACGUCUCCCGGGAACAUCUCCGCGACGCCUCGGACAACCGUUUACUCGACGGACCUACUCUACAGGGUCCAAGGGUCCCUCUCAAUUGAUCCACCGAUCUCCACCGAUAACAGCCUCACUGAUGCAUUGUCAAUCGCAGAACCAACCGCCCCCGUUCACCCAUCACCACCACCUCCUCCCCCUCCUCCCCGAUCGCGCCUCCGCCGAAUUGCAGGCUUCACGACCAUCGCCAUCCUAGCCUUCACUGCAGGCCUAACUUACCAAACAAGCAAAACAAUCUCGCACCUCAUGGCCGCACCACCCGCGACCGCCGACGGUCUCCCCGUCUAUACGCCAGUAGACGACGUCGCCUUCGAGAUCAACGAGAAAAUCCGCACACACCCCGAAGCCGAGCGCCUACGCGCCAAUCCAGACUUCAAAGAAGCUCGCCCCCAUCUGAACAUCCCCGAGCCCAUGCGCGAGCGCAUGCUCACAGCAGGCGCCCUCUCCGGACCGAACAAGAUCGUCGUGCCACCCUACGUCUUCAGUGAACGCGGCGGCAAGAGCAUGGUCAGCCUGAUGUAUCUUGGAUCUGACGUGUGCGGACACCAGGGUAUUGUUCACGGUGGACUAUUGGCUACAUUGCUAGAUGAGGGCUUUGCGCGCUGCUGCUUUCCCGCAAUGCCGAACAAGGUUGGCGUGACGGCGAGUCUGAAUAUCGACUACCGGGCGCCCGCGCUAGCAAAUAAUUACUUUGCGCUCAGAGCGGAGACGGUUCGUCAGGAGGGGAGAAAGGCGUGGGUUGAGGGCCGCAUUGAGACUCUUCCUGAAGAUGGGAGUGAGCCUAUUGUGCUGGUUGAGGCGAAGGCGUUGUUCAUUGAGCCUAAACAGGCGGCGGCUAUGGCGCAUCUGUACCGCGGGGCUACUGACUAA